UCAGGAAGCGCGCCAGUGCGCUUGCGCGAAGGAGGCGAGAGGCUGAGGCGACUGUCUGAGGAGAAAAAGAGCGGCUCGUAGUCGCUGAGGCGGCGGAGGAGGAAGAAGAAGGGGAGGAGAGAGGAGGCUCUCUCCGCAUUCUCCGGUUUUUUAGGCUGUCGCCUCGCCGCUUCUGGUCAUGAGCGUCGCCGCAUUGGUUUCUCCCGCGCUCCCGUCGCCGGGACCGCCGCCUCCCGCCGCUGCAGCCGCCGCCACCACCGCGCUGCCCCCCGGGACGGGCCCCGCUGCCGCCAUUGCAGCCGCCGCCGAGAGCUACGAGGAAGAAGACUUGGACAGCCCCGCCGACGAGGAAGAUGGCGAGCGCAGCGGGCGAGCGCGGGACUCCGACGAGGAUACGGAAGAUGCAAGUGAGACUGAUCUGGCAAAGCACGACGAGGAGGAUUAUGUAGAAAUGAAGGAACAGAUGUAUCAGGAUAAAUUGGCAUCUCUAAAGAGGCAGCUACAGCAACUACAAGAAGGUACGUUACAAGAAUAUCAGAAAAGAAUGAAAAAACUGGAUCAGCAAUACAAGGAGAGGAUACGCAAUGCAGAGCUUUUUCUCCAGUUGGAAACAGAGCAGGUAGAACGGAACUAUAUCAAGGAAAAGAAGGCAGCCGUGAAAGAGUUUGAAGAUAAAAAAAUUGAGCUGAAGGAAAACUUAAUUGCUGAAUUGGAAGAGAAGAAAAAGAUGAUAGAAAGUGAGAAACUAACCAUGGAGCUAACAGGAGAUUCCAUGGAAGUAAAGCCUAUUAUGACAAGGAAACUGAGGAGGCGGCCAAAUGAUCCUGUUCCCAUCCCUGAUAAAAGGAGGAAGCCUGCCCCUGCUCAGCUGAAUUAUUUACUAACAGAUGAGCAGAUAAUGGAGGAUUUGAGAACACUCAAUAAGCUCAAAUCACCUAAAAGACCAGCAUCUCCUUCAUCACCAGAACACCUGCCAGCAACACCUGCGGAAUCUCCGGCCCAGCGGUUUGAGGCAAGGAUAGAAGAUGGCAAACUUUACUAUGACAAGAGAUGGUAUCACAAGAGCCAGGCUAUUUAUCUGGAGUCAAAGGAUAACACCAAAAUCAGCUGUGUAAUCAGUUCUGUGGGAGCCAAUGAGAUCUGGGUGAGGAAAACCAGCGACAGCACAAAAAUGAGGAUCUAUCUUGGCCAGCUACAACGAGGGGCUUUUGUGAUCCGCAGAAGAUCAGCUGCAUGACUUUUGCCCAGGCAUGUUUCUGUAUUAAAGACAAUCAACUCUCAUGGAGACUCCCCUGGCCACUUCAGAAGCAGCUUGUCUGCUGCCCCACAUGGUUCCAACUGUCCUUGGCUCUUUGCAAGCCCAAGCAAUGCCCUGGGACUUGGCCUGAGGUUUUGCUGAGCCUUUCUUGUUUCCAAAGACUAUUUAAGGAGAGUCUGUGCCUGUAUUCUCAGCCCUUUCUUUCUCACAAGCUGAAAAAGGUACAUGUGGUAUCUUAUCUUUUGUACUGAAUGACACCAGCACAGUCUCCUUGAGGAGGUAACAUUCAGUAGGCUGUUGAAUGAAUGAUAGCUGUGUCACCUGUUGAACAGCCAGUGUGUUGUAAUACUGAUCCAAGUAGGCCCACAGGGAUGUUUUUGUGAGAAUCUUCAGCUUCCUGAAAUGCCUCUUGAUUCUGUACAAGCAAGAUUAAGGGGUCCCACUUGAUUACUCCAAAGCUGGCAGAGCUCUUCAGUUUUCUUGGUAGCUGUUUUCCCCUCACUCCUGUCUGGCAGGAGUGUUUUUUGUUUCUUUCUUUUGAAUGAUGCUUUCUGCAGUGGAGGAAUCAAAAGAAUGUCUGGACUCUGGGUACAUGGUUCUGUGAAUAGCACUGCACAAAUCAUGGAUGUCUCUUUGGUACUGCAAAGUGUGUUUCUUCCCAUUGCAACUAUGACACUUCAUUUUUUUCUCGAUGGCAGCAGCUCUUGGGAGAGGCUUUUUGCCAAAUAACACGUUCCAUGUGAGGCCUUGUUUUUGCUCAUAGGGAGCUAACAUACCCCAAAAGGUAACAGAGAGAAGUUCUUGAACCCAGGAUUGUGCAGUGCCUGUCUUCAAAGUGUUGUACUGUUCAUAUAGCCUGAUGGCAGCAGUGAAGUUGCUUCCAAAAUAUUUUCUAUCUCAAACCUAGUUUGUGUUGUCUCCUUUAUCCCCAGAAUUUGGCUAUACUCUUGGUGGCUUCCAUUCCUCCCCCAAUCUAGUUGGUACACAAACCACCCUAGAACCAGGCCUCUUACUAGCUUCUGUGUCCUUACAUAAAUUCCAUGAAGCCCUCCAGCCUUAGCACUCCUUCCUUAGGCAGCCUUGAGAGUGAAAUGUUGCAGCUUUUCUUUCUUUUCCUAUUUGCUGCCGCCAGAUGGCAGCCAAGUCUCAAUGGUAGGGUCCAGCUUAAAUACACCAAGCCAGGGUUGGUAACUAAGGAUGGUGAUUCAGGCAGCUAACCUGUUUGGCACCUUAGUUCUCUCCCCACCUGUCUCUGCAAUUCCCACCAUGUUGUUGUAUGUUCAGGAUGCAGAAGCCAGCUGCAUAGGAACCUCCUCUUGCAGAUAGCUGUCCUGAAAUUUCCAUUUUCAGUCCGCCUCUUUCAAAUUGCAGCUUUUGCUCUUCCUUUUACAGCUUGCCCUCAGGAUAGAAAAUCUUUGGUCCUUCAAAUGGUUUGGCCUACUGUUCCCAUGAUCCCUUAUCACUGAACUGAGAGCCAAUAUUACCACACUGCGCUUGCCCCCUUUGCUUAAAAGACCCAAGACCCCUGAGGUAAUCUGUACGGAACUGAAGUGAAACAAAUUUAUGAAGGUAAUUUGAAGGAAGGUUGAGCAUGGGAUGGAGAACAUAAGGAGCUACCUUGCAUCUACUGACUCAGACCAUUGACCUGUGUAGCUCAGUGAAGUCUGUACUCCCUGGAAACAGCUUUCCGGGUUUUUCAAAGGGAGUCUUCUCCAAUUCUGCCUGGAAAUGUGGGUUGCAACCUGGCACUUUAUGCAACAAUGUAUUUUGUCAGUGAGCUAUGGCACAUGGUGUAGUGUGUGGAGGCCAAGCAGACACAUUCAGAUUUAGAAUCUUUCCCUCCUUUUCAUUGUCAUUUAAACUAACCAGGGCUGACUUAUCCAUUAAGUGAAGGUUACAUCAAAUGGUGAUUUGCCAUGCACACCCAUCCACUACUUUCCAGAGCCAGCCAGCCCCAAAAGCCUUGCUCUGGGGGCUCCUCAAGGCCAAGCAUUGUAAGUGGGGUGCCACGGGACCAUAGUAGCACAGGGCAUCAUGCCCACAGUUCCUGACUCUAGGAAGACACCCCUUGAAGCUAUGUGUUUGGGUCUAAUUAUGUAGGGAACAGCUUUGGCUGCUGUGUGCGAUAUGCUGCUCCCCACAGAGUGAGCUUUCUCUCUGAGACAGAGCAUGGGCAACAAUGGGAGAAGAGUGGCCUCUCAUCUUGGACCAUUGCAUGGGAUGCUUUGAUAGCAGUUUUCCCUCUUAUCGCUUGGUGGCAUGUCACAAGAGAGAUUUGGCUGUUUGAAGGAGGCAAACUGCUAGAGGAGGGUGAGUAAAUGAAAUGGGUCCAUGUUGGCUGAAGGUAGCAGUCCCUGGUUGUCAUCUGUUGUGACAGUCAACAGGCUUCUGCGUCUGUGGUGGCUCAUUCACAGAUUCCUGUGGGAAAGGGUUCAUGGAGAGAUUCAGGAACCCCCCGCCCCCAUAACAAUGUGGGGUGGGGGACUGUAGUAAGUGUAAUGCUGACCCUUCAAAAACCUCAGUGGGACGAAAACGGCAACAACAUUGCUUGCUGCAGGUUUGGGAUACACGUCUUCUCUCUCCAAGCAGACCCUUGACCUUUCUUGAGUCUUCAAAAGUGAACAUCCUUUAGGGAGCUUCUUCAUGAGAAACUUGAGGACGGCAGUCUAGGCUGCCAUGGAUUCCCAUUGGCCUUUCUUCUUGGACAGAAAGGGCAAAGACUGUCUCGAUAAGCGUUGGAAAGUCUGGAUAGCAUCUUGUCAGUGUAGGGAAUUAAAAGAAAGAACCAGGUCUUCUGACAGCGGCACAAAACAAGGCUGCCUUCAUUUUCAGUUUUUGCUUGCACAAACCCUAUUGGGUAUAAUUGCUGAGAAAAUGACAAGCUUUUGUACUGGGAUCAGUCAAAUUCCGAUGUGCCAGGAGGAUGCAAAUCAAUAAAGUGUUUAGAGAUUUGCAGCAUAAACAUCUUCUGAUGGGUUCCUUUGUUCCGAUCAUGAUCAUGGAAAUAGUUGCAGAGUUGGCAGGGUUUUGUGCAGUGCAGUGGCUGGGGGAGCGUGCUGAGCAGCCGGGUUGUGUGUUCAGCAUAUCGAAGAUGGCAGCAGGCACAAAUCUCACUUGGCAGCUAGUGCCAAACCCAACAACCUGAAAAUACUGUUUCCAUUUUGUGAUAUUUCUGGUUUCAUUUGUUCUCUCCCCCUCCAAACAAAAUCUCCAUCUUCAAGGAGCGUGGAAUAGUACACACCAUUAUUUCCUCCUUGCUGGAAUCUCUGAACAACUUUGCAAGGUAGGCCGGGUUAUGAGAGGGCAAGGAGCUCAAAAUCGCACAAGGGAGCUUUGUGGCUGAGGGGAAGUUCUUAAUCAUUACCCUGUUGCGGUUUUUCCAUAUCAAGGGUCUGGGUUUUACAGUUCUGGGGGAGUGCUGAAUGUGCUACUGCCUUGUAAAAUUUAGUUUCCUACAAGCCCUUGACUUUCAUUUACAAAUAAAACCCAGAUUUCUAGUC